UAAUGGUAAAGAAAGCUGCUCCAAAGAAAUAAGAGACUAAAAAGGCUCCUGUUAGAAGAACAAGAACAAUCUCAGCUUUAAUAAAAGACAAUGAAAAUAUUGUACACGAAAAAUUGGGUUAGACUAGAAGUAAAAGCAAUGGUAAAUAUCUUCUUUAUCACUUAGGUAUAAUACAAAAGAAGAUUACCAAGUAGACCUAAGAAACAAAAUAAAAAAAUGUAGUUAAUGAAAAAGAAAAGAGUGCGCCUAAAAAGAAUUCAAAUUAAAAAGAAGAAAAAUAACCAAUUAAAGAUAAUACUAAAUAAAAAAAAUAACCAGAAGUCUAGGAUAUAAAAAAACCUACAGAAACUAAAUAGAAAGUUCAACCGGUAUAAAAAAAAGUAAUAAGUAAAAAAAAAAGUACUCCAAAAAAAAGUCCUGUUAAAAAAAGUACACCAAAAAAAACUCCUGUUGAAGCAACUGUUGCCAAAGAUGAUAAGAAACCAAAGGUCUCUUAAAAGAAAAAUGAAAAGGAAGUGAGUAAAAGCGAAAAAAAGGUAGAAGAAAAAUCUGAAAAGAAAAAUAAUGAUAAAAGUGAAAAAAAAGUUACAGAUAAAUCUGAGAAAAAAGAAGUAGAAAAAUCAGAUAAGAAAGCAAAUGAUAAAAGUGAGAAAAAGGCUGUUGAAAAAUCAGACAAGAAAAGUGAUAAAAAAGGAAAAAGUGGAAAAAAAGAAUAAUAAUAAGAAUAAUAAGAAUAAAAAUAAACAGAUUCUGCAAAGAUCCCAAGAAGAACAGAAAGCAAAGCUGCAGCUGGUAUUGUUGAUGUUGUUUUUUGUGUAGAUACUACUUCAUCUAUGUCUCAAUAUUUAAAUUAAACAAAAGUAAAUCUUUAUUUAAUUAUAUAGAAUACUGUAAAAGAAAUUAUUAAAAACAUCAAAAAUAAAGCUUAAAAUGAGGACAUUAGUGUUAAAUUUGGAUUUGUAUGCUAUAGAGAUCAUCCUCCUGAAGACACAUCUUAUAUAACUAAAAUUUAAGAAUUGUGUGGAGAAGAAGAAAUACUUAAAUUUAUAGAUUAACAAGAUGCUUGUGGUGGAGGAGAUCAACCUGAGGCUGUUUUGGAUGGAUUGUAUGAUGCAGCAAAAAAGAUUGAAUGGAGAGAUGCCAGUCACACACCUUCAUUAAGAUAUAUCUUCCAUGUAGCUGAUGCCCCUCCUCAUGGAAAAGAAUUUACUGAUUUACCAUCAUCAUGGCCUAAUGGUGUUCCGUAUUCUUUAUCAUAUAUUUUAGAUCUGGUGUAACUCUUGAUAAAGUUGCUCAUGUGAUCAAUAUAAGGGAAAUCCAUUAUAGAUUGAUAAAUGUCAAUAAAUUGAAUUUAUUAGAUAAUAUGAAAAAGUUAUUUAAGGAAAAAUUUACUAAUUAUGAAGAAGCAGAAUUAGCAAAUGCUAAGGAAAUGGAUUUCAGAGUUAGUGAUAUGAUCAUCAGAGAAUUAUUACCAGAUGUUGAUUAUAAUGAUUGAA